AUGAAUACACCACAGAAGCACGGGACCGACAAGUCUACACAAGUGAUGUGGUAUAUCAAGCUCAAAUCUACAGUCAGAUACAAGUGGGUCAUCAAAGUACUUGACGAUAAAGAAAUUUAUAACUGCUUUCUGGUGGAAUGUCUACGGCGUGCCAAGGAGGGAGAAGGGAAGCGUACAAAGGAACCUACAGACCACAGCCCUGGAAUCUACUCCAUUCAGAUCGGCGAGACAUACCCGGAUAAGCCACCGAGCAAGGAGGAAGCCGACCAAAAGUUGGUUGAUGAUAUUCAAGCAAGACUUGAUGCAUUCUACAGGAAGAACCCACACAUGAAGACAAAGACAGUGAAAUGGUAUGUUGAGGUUACAACAGAGGAUGCGCCCUGGACAGAAUGGAAGGGGAAGAUCAGACUCAACUCGCCCGAGUAUUUUCGGUUCCUAGAGAAUUGCCUACGGAUUACGAAACGUGGGGAAGCUAAGGUGACUACUGAUGACAAUUCAUCGAAAGACGAUACAUAUAGUUUGCUGCUGGGCAAGUUUUGCGACCAUCAGUUCCCAGAUCACCAGCAGGCUAGUUUAAGGUUGGAGCGUGAGAUAUACGAUGCUAUUGCUAAGCACAACACCAGUGGCUGGAGGUAUGUCCCUCCUGCCUUAGGGUUCCGGUGA